GGACACAAAUUCUCACCGUGUAUGUGUACACAACGUUUGAGUUACCGUUCUUUAUUUAACCAUUUGAGAAGGGAUUGCGCUUAUAAUUAGUACAAUUAUUCCAAUAUACCAGUUCGGAGACAUGCUUGGCUUUUGUUUCUUUGAUGCACUUGAAACCCCACUAACUCAUGUCGGAGAGAUCGCUACAGGUUUCUUUCCUUAUCCCGCAUCAUCGCGGAAUACUACUUGUUUUACAUUUAUAAGGGAGUGAAGCGACAACUAGUAGUACGCGUCGGGGACGCCUGCGACAACCAAGGGGCUUUAAAGUCCUUGCUACAACGGGCGUCCCAAGUUGAAGAUUGUUAUUUAGCUGGAGCCAAAAAUUGCUAAACUUUCAGCAUACGUGCAGGCGCGAAGUAUGGCCGCAGCUCCCGACGAAGGAAGGAUACGAACACCCGGAGCAAAGGUGUUCCUUGAUCCCAUCCAUGGCCACAUUGAGGUAGAUCCACUGAGUGUGAAGAUCAUCGACACCCCCCAGUUCCAGAGGCUGAGAAACAUCAAACAACUGGGAGGCGGUUACUGGGUCUACCCGGGUGCCUGUCACAACAGAUUUGAGCACAGCUUAGGUGUAUACCACUUAGCUGGCUGUCUGAUAACUGAGAUACAGUCAAAGCAAGGUGAUCAUCUUCCGAUCACUGAUGAGGAUGUGCUGUGUGUGAAGAUAGCAGGGCUCUGUCAUGACUUAGGUCAUGGACCAUUCUCCCAUCUGUUUGAUCGUCAGUUCAUGAAACAGGCCGUACCUGGCUGCACAUGGGAGCAUGAAGACGCUUCCACUGCCAUGUUUGACCACCUCAUCGAGCAAAAUGGUAUCAAGUUGGAAAAGUAUGGUCUGACAAAGAAGGACCAGGUCUUCAUCAAGGAAUUGAUAAAACAACCAGCUGAGGAACAACCAGCUGAGGAACAACCAGCUGGGGCACAACAAGCUGGGGCACAACCAGCUGGGGCACAACCAGCUGGGCCACAACCAGCUGGGGCACAACCAGCUGGGGCACAACCAGCUAGGGUGUGGCAUUAUAAAGGAAGGGAUGAAGAAAAGGGCUUCUUAUACCAGAUCAUUUCAAAUUCUGUUAAUGGUAUGGAUGUGGACAAGUGGGACUACUUUGCUAGAGACAGUCACUACACAGGUCUCCCGAAGAGGUUUGACCACAUGCGGCUCAUCCAAAGUGCCAGGGUCAUCAAAGUGGAUGGCAAAUGGCAGAUCUGUUACAGGGACAAGGUUUGUUGCAUAAUGCACUGUAGGUUACACGCGUGGCUCAAUGUGUACAACAUGUUCCACACCCGAGCCUGCCUUCAUCAUGAGUGCUAUCAGCACAAAACCACAGUUGCUGUGGAGAUGAUGAUUACAGAUGCUUUGCUGAAAGCUGAUGAUAAGUUUCAAGAUAAAUACCAGCUGCACAUGAAAAUUUCGGAGGCAUGCCAGCACAUGGACACCUACGCCAGGUUAACAGACAGCAUCUUUGAUAAGAUACUGUACUCCAAGGGUGACAAACUAAAGGAGGCCAGAGAUAUCCUGGAAAACCUUGCGAAAAGAAAGCUGUACCGCUUCAUUGGUCAGACACAAGCCAGGGAUGAGUUUUUUGAAGAGUCUGGUCCAUCAACCAAGGAAAUCGCUAAAGCUGUCACAGACCAAGAAAAAAUCAAAAUCACAGCUGAGGAUAUUGCGGUCAUUAGGGUGAAUGUGAACUAUGGCAAGGGAAAGAACAAUCCUGUGGACGAUGUCAGAUUCUGGACCAAAGACAACCCUGACAAGGCCAUAAAACUGGAGAAGGAAGAGCUGUCUGAGAUGUUGCCCCAAAAGUUUGCUGACAAGUUUUGGAGGGUGUACUGUAAGAAGCAGCUGGACAAGGAAAGCAUCAAAGAAGUGGAGAGGCGCUUCGAACUUUUCCUGUUGAAGAAAAAAGACAUGACAACACCUCAAAAGCAAGUUGUACCAGGAAGCAAGGAUCUUUCUGGGCAGGGGGCCAGGAGAGACCUUACAGCAGACCUGGAGGAUGCCAGCGCAAAAGAUGACUGAAAAUCGUGUGACAUGUUUUGGACUACUGUGUGCAACUAGCUAUAUAUGGUGAUGGUAUGUGGUGUAAUGAUUGAGAUCAUAAUGGUUGUAUACAAUGUAUGUAGUAGCAAUCCUGUCAAAAAUGCCUAGCAGAACUAUAGCAGAGGAGGAUCAUAUCAUAGGUCACAUUGAUGUGUUUUAAGUUGAUUUGGAUGCACAUUUAACUUCAGAUUGUCUCUGAUUUUGUACUGCUUGGGUGUUAAAUUUUAACAGACCUGAAUCAUGAUUUAGCAAAUACUGCUGUAGGCUUUCAUACGCAAAAUCCUAGACAAGUUUUAAUGAUGAUGUACGAGACUUAGAAUAGACUGCUUUUCUCUUCAUUCAUUUUACAUGUUUAAGAAACUAGCAAUGGAAAUCACUAGACACAAAUGAAUUGAGAGCUGAACUUUUCAAUGGCUGAUUUUAAUGAAAAAGUGUACUUAAAAUUUAGAAGCAAAACAGAUAUACAAUGUAGGUUUGAAUGCUACUAUUUGGGCAUAGGCAUAUUCUUUUUAAUGGAAGCAAGGUGCUUACUAGAACAAAUAAUGUUAAGAGUUGUGCCUUGAUAGUACAAUGUAUUUACAAAAGGAGACACUAAAAACUUUCACCCAUUGAUAGCAAUGGUAAGACUAUUUGAUGAUGACUUACAUCAAGGAAUAUGUACAGCUGAUACUCUGUAUCUAUAUACUAACCUUCUGUACAACCAAGAGUAGCUUUCUCACCAUUGUCUACAAUAAAUGUGCUCUUCAAUUUG